UGCUGACAGCGAGGGACAUCUACACUGAUCAUCAAUGCCACCUGUCAGCGCCCAUCAAUGCCACAUACCAGUGCCCAUCAGUGCACAUCAAUGCCACAUAUCAGUGCCUACCAGUGCACAUCAAUGUCACAUAUUAGUACCCAUCAGAACUACCUUUCAGUGCCAGCUAUCAGUUCCAGUCAGUGCCGCCUAUCAGUGCCAGUCAGUGUUGCCUAUCAGUGCCGUUAAUCAGUGCCACCUGUCAGUGCCGCCUAUCAGU